CCAGAGUUCUUCACCGGCGCCGUCGUGCAAUCGCCGUUACUCACCACGUCUCUGCUAGGGCACGUUUUACUCAGACCAGAGCCUGGUGUUGUUAAUUAAUACAGUGGUCUUCAAUCCCAAACUCCUCUGUCGUUGUUGUAGCACCGCCGCCUUUGGCCACCUUUGGCCUUGCACACGUACUUGCUUCCUUUUAAUAAACUACCUUCUACUCACGUUAUUUUUAUUGCGGGUUGUUCAAGUACUUGGAAAAGAAUUCAGAUAUAGGUUUUUCAGCCAAAAGAAACACUAACUUGACAGAAGGGGUUUCUCUUCACUAUUUCUUGGUGAAGCACCCCUGACGGAAUAUUGUGUUGAAAGAGAAUGCUGAAGCUGACGGGUUUCACCGAAAGCCCACCAGUAAUUAACUCUACUGUACGUUCAUUAACUUUGUGCAACUUCAACAGAAGUACUAUAUAUAGGAAUGCCUUUAUUCCAAUGAACCAUAGUAUGAAGUUCUCAAAACAUACUGUGCUUAAGGUUCCACAUAUUCAUUGUGGAGCUUCUUUGGAAGUUCAAGAUACUUCUCUCAGGGGUGCCAAUUUACAAGUCCAUGGGUUGUCAGAAACAAUUGUGGGAGUUCUUGGUGGAGGGCAACUUGGUCGGAUGCUCUGCGAAGCAGCCUCCCAAUUGGCAAUAAAAGUGAACAUUCUAGACCCAUCAGAAAAUUGUCCGGCGAGUAGCCUGUGUAAUUAUCAUAUGGUUGGAAGCUAUGAUGAUAGCACUACAGUUGAAGAAUUUGCUAAAAGAUGUGGAGUGUUGACUGUGGAAAUUGAGCAUGUUGACGCUGCAACCCUAGAGAAACUUGAACAGCAAGGGGUGGAUUGCCAACCUAAAGCAUCAACAAUACGAAUCAUCCAGGAUAAGUACCUUCAAAAAGUCCAUUUUUCUCGACAUUCUAUUCCACUUCCUGAAUUUAAGCAGAUAGAUGAUCUUGAAGGUGCUAAAAGAGCUGGAGACCUAUUUGGUUAUCCUCUAAUGAUAAAAAGCAGAAGGUUGGCUUAUGAUGGACGUGGAAAUGCUGUAGCUAAAAGUGAAGCUGAAAUUUCUUUUGCUGUAAAUGCACUGGGAGGAUAUGAACGAGGUUUAUAUAUUGAGAAAUGGGCACCAUUUGUGAAGGAGCUUUCUGUUAUUGUAGCAAGAGGAAGAGAUGGUACUUUGGUAUGCUAUCCUGUUGUAGAAACUAUCCACAGGGAGAACAUCUGUCACAUUGUGAAGUCUCCUGCCGCUGUGUCAUGGAAGAUCCAAAAACUAGCAACAGAUGUUGCAUGUAAAGCCGUGAGUUCAUUAGAAGGUGCUGGUAUAUUUGCAGUUGAGUUGUUUUUGACCGCUGAUGAUCAGGUCUUAUUGAAUGAAGUGGCCCCUAGACCUCAUAAUAGCGGACAUCACACAAUUGAGUCUUGUUUUACUUCACAAUUUGAGCAACAUCUGAGGGCUGUGCUUGGACUCCCACUUGGUGAUCCAUCAAUGAAGACACCUUCUAUCAUGUAUAAUAUACUUGGUGAAGAAGAGGGAGAACCAGGCUUUCUUGUUGCAAAUCAACUCAUUGGAAGGGCAUUAGGGAUUCCGGGAGCUUCAGUUCAUUGGUAUGACAAACCAGAAAUUAGAAAACAAAGAAAAAUGGGUCAUAUAACAUUAUGCAGCCCACUUAUGAGUGUUGUUGAAGCUCGAUUGAAAUCCAUGUUGAGUAAAGAAAAGAAUGACGACCAGCCUAUAGCCACUCCACGUGUUGGAAUCAUAAUGGGCUCUGAUUCCGACCUUCCUGUUAUGAAGGACGCUGCAAAAAUUCUAAGAGAGUUCAAUGUGCCUGCUGAGGUAACAAUAGUUUCAGCUCACAGGACACCUGAAUUGAUGUUUUCAUAUGCUUCAACUGCUCGUGAACGCGGUGUCCAAGUUAUCAUUGCGGGUGCUGGAGGUGCCGCUCACUUGCCAGGCAUGGUUGCUGCAUUGACGCCCCUGCCUGUGAUCGGUGUGCCUGUUCGUGCAUCUACAUUGGAUGGAAUCGAUUCUCUCCUAUCCAUUGUUCAGAUGCCGAGGGGAGUUCCAGUUGCAACCGUUGCAAUCAAUAAUGCAACAAAUGCAGGCUUACUAGCAGUAAGGCUGUUAGGAGUUGGUGACAUCGAAUUGCAAGCAAGGAUGGCUCAAUACUUACAAGAUAGAAGAGAUGAAGUUCUAAUUAAAGCCAAUAAGCUGGAAAAUGAUGGCUGGGAAAACUACUUGAAUUCGCAAUAAUCGUCUUCCACAUUUUUCUCCAAGCCAUAGCAAGGAGUAACAACACACACAGUAAUAAUUUGAUGCAGAGGUAAAAAUCUGAGCAAAUGACGGUAAAAAUUUGUGUUCCAUGUAAUGCUAUAUAAUAUAUGUGUGGUUACUUAAAAUCUGAUCCUAUUGUGUCUUUACACAAAUACUAUUUGUGGUAGAUUCCCAUUUCUGUUAUGUAUUAUUUAUCUUUAGCAAUUAAAAAGAAAGAACAUCAUAAAUGGCUGUCA